AUGUCUGAUAAUACUACCUUGAAUCAGUCCUCGACUGGUGAUUCCAAAUCAACACCUGGUGCUGUCCCAUCAUCCACCGAUGGAUCGUCAUCGGCUCCAGUUGGUAAUAAUGCCAAUUCUGUUGAUCAAUCUUCAGUAUCUACUGACAAACAACAUGGAAAUCAAAAUGUCCCACAAUCUGGUGGUGGCUAUUCUGGCCAAAAUUAUAAUGCCAAUUAUCAAGGAUAUGGUAAUAAUCUUAAUUAUAAUAGCAACUUCAAUAACCCCAAUUAUUAUCACAAAAACCAGUAUAAUAAAAACUACACUGGCAGCGGUGGAAGACAGAAUAACUACAAUAACAAUGCCAAUCAGAACAACAAUCAAAGAUAUAACAAUAACAAGAAGCAAUACAAUAACCAGAAAAUGAAUCACCAUCAUCAUAACCAACAGCAACCACAACAGCAAUAUGUGAACUAUCCUUACAAUGCUGCUGCCGCUGCAGCUCCUCAAAUGUACGGUUAUUAUAUGGGUGGUUAUCAACCAUUGUAUGUUUCUGGUGUUCCACUUCAAUAUGGUGCAAUUCCAGGAACUCCAGGUCAACAGUUUCCAGGUCAGGUUGCUUCACCAGCUGCACCAACUUCCCAACCACAACAAAUCUCAACACCUCCAACUCCCAAAAUAAGAUUAACUACUAAAGAUGGUAAACCAGUUGAUUUGGAUGAGAAGAAAAGGAAAACAGCAUCCUCUACUCCUGUCGCAUCUCCUCAACCAGCCAAGGCCACCACAGUUUCAAGUGAUAAAGAUAGUACACCCCCUAGUUCAACCACUGCAACAGAAAGCAAAUCUACAGGUCUGUCUGCUGCUGAGGAAUUUAAGAGAAAGAUUAGAGAAAGAGCAGCAGCAGCAGCUGCCGCUGCUUCUAAAGGGAAGGAAGAAUCUGCCACUGAAGCUAAAAAAGAAGGUGAAGAAGUUCCAGUUGCAAAGGAGCCAUCUGCAAGUGUGGACCAACCAGCUGUUAUUCCUCCUCAAGAAUCUCUUAAAGAUACUGUUGAAAAUCCUCAACCAGAGGUUAGUGAAACUCCUGUGGAAACCAAAAAGGAACUUCCAACUAAUGAAGAAACUAAGGAGGUAUUAACUUCUGAAACUAAUGACACCACACCUUCUGAUGAACCAAAAGUAGAAGAAAACCCAGUGGAACUGAAUGAUAAAGUUGAACAACCAAAUGAAACUCAAUCAGCAACUGUGACUGUUGAAGGAGAUAAUGAAUCGAUAGUGGACAAUAGAGAUGAAGAAGUGACUACUGUUUCUGAAACUGAAACCGAGCCAGCUACAGCUCCUGCUAGUGUUCCUGAUUUCACUAUAUCCCAAUUUUUAGAAAGAUUAAAGAUUGUAACUCCAAUUGAUGACAUUCUUGCUACAAAAUACCCUGAAAACAUCCAAGGUGUUGAUGAUUCCAAGCAAAUUGCUGGAAAAAAAUACAGAUAUGACCCACAAUUUUUAAUUCAAUUCAGAGACGUUAUUUCCUAUACCAUUGAUCCAACUUUCAAAGCACAUUUGGAAUCAUUGGAUAUCCAUCCAAAUGCAAUGAAACGUUCCGGUUCUACUAGAGAUGGUUCAUCACGUGGUGGCUUACCAAAUAAAUUCACUGGAGGAUUGCCUGCCAGAUUUAAUGGGCCUGGUGGCAAAGGUGGUGUUCCAUUUGAUGGGGGUAGACAGAAUUCAAGAAGUGGAUCCAAGAGAGGAGGUAGAGGUGCAUCGACAAGAGAUAAAUCUACAAGAAAAGGUACGCCUUCGAAAAGAGGUGGAGGCAGAGGAGAUAGAUCUGAGAUGCGUGAAAGAGGAGGAGGAGGAGGAGUUGGACCAGGAGGAGAAGAAGAUGCAAAUAAACAGGGCGAAGUUAAACCCGUUGAAGAAGUCAAACCAUUGGAAAAAUCUGCCAAUAGAUGGGUUCCUAAAUCAAGAAUGCAAAAGAAAGAAGUUAAAGUUGCUGAAGAUGGUACUAUUUUAUUAGAACCUGAAGAUGUUGAGAAGAAGACUAAAUCAUUAUUGAACAAGUUAACAUUAGAAAUGUUUACAUCAAUUAGUGAUGAAAUUAUUGGUCUUACAAAUCAAUCGAAACAUGAAAAAGAUGCUGCCACUAUAAAACAAAUAAUUUCAUUAACAUUUGCCAAAGCAUGUGAUGAACCUCAUUGGUCGGAAAUGUAUGCUAAAUUAUGUGCCAAAAUGUGUACUAGUGUUUCUAAUGAUAUUACUGAUGAAAGUAUUACAUUGAAAGAUGGAACUCAUGCAUCAGGAGGUGUACUUGCAAGAAGACUUUUAUUAGCUACCUGUCAAAAAGAAUAUGAAAAAGGUUGGACUGAUAAAUUACCAACUAAUCCUGAUGGUUCACCAUUAGAACCAGAAAUGAUGUCUGAUGAAUAUUAUGCCAUGGCUGCUGCCAAAAGAAGAGGUCUUGGGUUAGUCAAAUUUAUUGGUCAUUUAUAUAAUUUGAAUAUGUUGAAUGAUCAUGUUAUAUAUGUUUGUUUGAAAGAUCAAACCAAAAAUACUAUUGAUCCAUCAGAUGAUAGUUUAGAAAAUUUGACUCAAUUAAUUCAAACUGUGGGACCAAAACUUGAUUCUAAUGAAAGAACAAGAACUAUGCUUAAAAUUGUUUUCGAUUAUAUUGAAAAAGUUCUAGAAGGAGUUAAAUUACCAUCAAGAAUUAAAUUUAUGUUAAUGGAUUUACAAGAUUUAAGACAAGCUAAAUGGAUAAGUGUUAAAGGUGAUGCUGGACCUAAAACUAUUGAAGAAAUUCAUCGUGAUGCUGAAAUUAAAAAAAUGGAAGAAGAAAGAGCCAAGAAUGAAAAAAAGAGGAAACAACAUCAAUUGGGAGGUGAUAGUAGAUCUAAUUCUUCAAGAGGUGGUUCAAAUUGGAAUAAUAACAAUAACAACAACAACAACAACAUCAACAAUAAUAAUAAUAAUAAUCAAUCAUCGAAUGGACCUUUUAUGAAGAAAUCUCCUUCAUUUAUAACUCAAAGAGUUGGAUCUAGUCGUAGUCCUUCAACAUCGACUCUUCAGAAUUCUGACCUUCAAAGAGAUACAUCCAAAAGAUCUGAACCUAGUCAAUCUAAUAUUUUUGCUGCAUUAGAAGGAGGUGAUGAUGAUGAAGAUGAGUAG